UUCUUUUCAACCAAAACAUUAAUUCUUGUAAUAACAAACCAAUCAAGAAAUGGAAAAGACAAUAAUGUCCUUUCUUUCUCUUACACUUCUUUUCAUUUUCUUUUUCUUGUCAUCAACUCUUGUAAUGGUAGAAUCAGAAAAGCUAUUCAAUGUGCAAAGCUAUGGAGCCAAGCCGGACGGUUCAACUGACUCGACCAAGGCGUUUAUCGCUGCAUGGGGCGAUGCCUGCGAUUCUGAUGCUCCGGCCACUAUGUACAUUCCGGCAGGGAGAUUUUCUUUAGGCAAAUUGGAGUUUUUAGGCCCAUGCAAGAAUGCCAUUGAAGUUAGUAUUGAUGGUACCCUUUUGGCUCCGUCGGAUUAUUCUGCUAUUGGUGAUGAAAAUGUCUGGAUACUCUUCGAGCAUGUUGACGGAGUUAGAGUUUCCGGUGGUGUACUUGACGGUCGAGGCUCUGGAUUGUGGUCUUGCAAAUCUUCCGGCAAGAAUUGCCCUGAAGGUGUAACGUCACUAAAAUUUUUCAAUUCCAACAACAUUGAAAUCAACGGCUUAGCAUCAGAAGACAGCCAAAAGUUUCACAUUGACAUUAAUAACUGCCGGAACGUCAAACUACAAAAUGUGAAAGUGUCGGCUUCCGGCGACAGCCCUAACACCGAUGGAAUUCACGUCGGAGAAUCGACAGGUGUCACAAUCUUGAACUCCAAGAUCGGAACAGGUGACGAUUGCGUAUCGGUUGGCCCCGGAACCACUAAUUUAUGGGUCGAAAAUGUUGCUUGCGGACCAGGCCAUGGAAUCAGCAUUGGAAGCUUAGGCAAGGACGACAAUGAAGCCGGAGUACAAAAUGUUACGGUUAAGACCACCACAUUUUCCGGCACCCGUAACGGUUUAAGGAUUAAAACGUGGGGAAAACCUAGCAGCUGUUUUGCUAAGAACAUUCUUUUCCAACAUUCUGUGAUGACCAAUGUUGAAAACCCCAUUGUUAUUGAUCAGAAUUACUGUCCUGACGGCGAGGAUUGUCCUGGCCAGCAAUCUGGAGUCGAAAUUAGUGAUGUAACAUACCAAGACAUUCAUGGAUCAUCAGCAACAGAAGUAGCAGUGAAAUUCGAUUGCAGCAAAAGCACUCCAUGCACUGGAAUUGAAUUAGAAGAUGUGAAAUUAACAUAUAAUAACAAGCCAGCCGAAUCAUCCUGUUCCAAUGCCGCCGGCUCGGCUUCUGGAGUUCUUAAGCCUUUAAGCUGUCUUUAGCUGAGGAAAUAUCGUCUGCAAGUUCAAGUUUCAGGAUUUCCAAUUAAAAAGAAUGUCAUAGAAUCCAAUUAAGUAUAGUAAUUUUUAUGAUUGUUUGCAUUAAUUAGAGCAUAUAAUAGGUUUUAUUAUUGCCUGAGCCUGUGGCUUUCAGGAUCAUAUAAGUUUGUAGGAGCCCGGCUCUGCUAGAGUAUGUUAAUUUUCUGUUGUUUUUAGUCUUAAUUUAUACGAAAUGAUAUUUGUGGUGUUUGAUAUAA